CAAUAUGGCCACGUUUCAUACACCCGUACGACGAUCUAUAUUUCAUAAUUAGCCCUCAAUUUUCUUUUGUAAUAUCCAACCUUUCUUAUAUCUUCGGCCGCGGUGUCACUCUUAUAAAAAAUAUCCCCUAUUAUUAUAGUUACCAAGCAGCCCGUGUUUUCAUGCACUUUCUUUUUUUUUUCUCUAUUUCCGUGCAUAACGACUAGCAGCUGUAAACCAGCGCGUCUUAUUUGCUGAGAGUUUCAGGACAGGGAGCUGACAACCAUUAUUCAAAAGAAGAGGGCCUCACGGAACGAUAGCGCGUUCCGUACGUGCUAUAAAACAGGCCCCGUCGUCUUUGUGAGGGCACUCGUGCCUACGUACCUGCAUGGAAACAUGCGGCAUUUCGUAAAUUUAAUGGGUAUCGGCGUUUUGAUUAUAGUAACGACUCUGAUGCAAGUAACUCCUGGUAAAGAACAGCGGUCGAAGAGGAAGCGAAGCUUCGACGUUUGCGAGGAAAGAGUUGGAAUCGUGCAAAAAGCAAAAGGGGCGCAAGUGGCUGCAACCAUGGUCGACAAAUGUUUCCUGCCAAUCAUCAGCAAGUACAAGUAUACGCCGAAGAUGUUCCAGAAGGGAAUAUUCAAGAUGUGCGUUGUCUUCCGCUUUUGCUAUCAUAAGUACGUGACAAUGCGAGCGACCAACAAUACGGAUGUGAACCGCGACAAAACUUAUGACUGCAUUGCUAAGAUGGCAUCACUUCUCACUGUUGACCUCAAUCCGGAAUGGAUAGAAAAGACGAACCUGGCAAACCCCAAAGGGCUGUACUAUGAAGGCGCUGAAUGUGCGCGAAAACACAAGAUCUUCCCGGAGGAUUCCGCUAGUCUCAUGUUUACGCUAAAGUGGGUUAGAGAUACUCUCUUCUAGACGGCACAGGCAUUCGUUCAUUGAAGUGCUGAUAAUGUUCUGUUUUCUAGAGCUUUCUUCUGGUGUCAGAAUUCAACUUUUUUUGUGUAUAAUCGCAUAAACUAUUGGAAAUAAAAUUAUUCUGUCGUUCAA